ACCGUAGAUCUCCGACACGCUGCUGCUACGUCAUCAUGAUGAAGCCGGGUGCAUUGCUCCUCCUGCUGGCAGGUGUGGUCCACGCUGUGCCCCCCCCUGUGGGCAUUGUGACCGGCUCCACCAUCAUCGAUAUUUUCAACGUAAUCCGUUCGAUCCCGGAUCGUUGUGUGUACAAACUGAUGGGAAGUGCAGAUUUUGAAAUAUUGGCGGGUUUCCAGGAGCGAAGCCGUGCAGAUGUGCCGUUUUUGGACUCCGUGACAAUAAAUGUCGGAGGUGUACCAACCUAUCUUGGACAAGGUGGCGUAGUUAAGGUUGGUGACCAAACACUGACGCUCAACGCCACGGCUCAGCUGAUUAACGAUGUGGCGUUCUCCAAGGACCAGACCGGGGUCACUGUCCAGUUUAGUUUUGUCAGGGUUUCUUUUGACCAACACUGCAGUAAUCGCAGCUGCGAGGUCCUGUACAGCGACCCCCCCAACAACGCCACCAACUGCAACAUCAUAACUGAACACUGUGAUCUCCUGAUGAAGGCCCCCUUCACCGAUUGCCACGACCACGUUGACCCAGCUCCCUACGUCACCGCCUGCGUAGAGACUUCCUGCAGAUUCCCGACCGUGGAGGGCCUGGCUCUCACCUGCCAGUUCGUUGACGCUUACGCCAAGGUCUGUGCUCUGAAAACCAACAACACUCUGGUGGACUGGAGGUCGCCGACCCAAUGCAGUAAGACUGUCACUCACUAUCUACCUCAGGACUCCUGUUUGGAUCUGUACUGCAGUGAGAACGAGUUCUGCGGCGAGACCAACGGUGAAACCCAAUGCAUCUGUCGGGCUCUUUUUGCCGCCAAGUACAAUCCAACAAACUCUUUAGGCGACCCGACAGUCUGCACGGAUCACUCCGCCACUCUUACUCUGGCUGGAUGUCUGCUCAGCGCCAAACACAUCGACUACACCACCUUACACCUCUUAAACGAGAGCUGCAAAGGACACAUGGACGCCGAGACCCACAUGGUGACGUUCAGCUUUGACAGGAUCAACAGCUGCGGGACCGAGGUCACGAAGACCAACAGCAGCCAGAUCAUCUACACCAACACCAUCACGAUGCAGAACAGCUCCGCCGACGUCAUCACCCGCCAAGACCAGGUCGCCAUCGACUUCUCCUGCUUGUACACACUGCCAGACAUCAAGAGUGUGUCCUUCAAGAUCAAAGACAGCUCCGUGGUACAAGAGAUAGAAUCAGGAACUUGGAACUACACCCUGAUGAUGAAAGCGUACACCGACGCCAGCUUCGUGCACCCCGUCGGGCCGGACACCGAGUUUGUGCUGGACCAGAGGGUCUGGGUGGAGCUGGAGACGGACGGGCUGGACGACAACCUGGUCUCCAUAGUAACAGACUCCUGCUGGGCGACCAAUCAGCCGACACCUGAUGCAAGUCUGCAACACCACCUCAUCAUCAACGGGUGA